AUGACGCAGACGGUGCACGGGCUGCCUGAUGUGGGCAGCCAAGGCAUCUGGCUGGAUUUAGAGGACUUUGUAUCCUGCGAUGACAAACUACAGGAGGACGACCUCCGUUCCCUUAGCUUUCCGAGCAACUGGCCUGCGGCCUACCAGAGCGAUGCCUUAAGGGCAUUGAUCGGCAAGCGUGGUCGCUUACCAGGCAAGCGUGUCGCAGUGGCUGGCGCGCCCUCACCCGCAGAGCAGGUUGCUGGUGUCACGUGCUAUCCCCUGCAAAGCUUCAGCAAUGCUGAGCAGCUGUCAGCAAAAUCGCGGCUGGGCCUCGUGCGUGGCUGGGCCGUGUACGAGCGCGGCGACCGGCCAGGACGCUUCGUCGCAGAGCGGUAUUGGUGGAACUGUCACCCGGACGGACGGUGGGUCGAUCUCACCCCACGCCCAGAGGGUCUCCAAGAGCUGCUGCUGGUGGAAGCAGACGGCAGCGAGAAGCAGCGGGGUGCUUUGACGUCUGUACAGGUAGACUUUGCUCGUCGGCUCCUGACCUGGCGAUUCCCGAAGUUGGCUGCCAGCAUCGCAGCGGCCGCGGCGGUUGGGCGGCCAGCAGAGCCCGCGCAGCCGCAGCCAGCAAAGCCUGUGCAACCAUCGCAGCCAGCGCCAUCGCGUCAGACGGCGAAGGUUUUGGAUUAUUCAAAGUGGAGCAACAUCGUCGACUCGGAUGAAGAGGAGGCUCCACAGCGAAGGGAAGAUGAAGCAGACGUGGGGGUCAAGGACUUGGCAGAGGGGAAAACAAAGAAGAAACCUGUUCUUCCUGUGCCUGACUUCCUCCAGGGCAGCACUGCGGGAGGAGGUGGCACGAAUUGCCUCCUCUCCUUGUUAAAGCUGCUAGAUGCUGAAGAGAAGAAGGAGGAUCAUGCGCACAGCCUGGCCCAGGUCUUCGGCCGCAGCUUCCACUCCGGGAUGCUGGACCGACCAAGGCAGAGCUUCUACAAGCGUGCCCUAACCAGCUUGGACAAGGACGUCUUCGUGGUUGUGCUCGGGAUUGGCUCGGUCCUGCCGCUGCUGGAAGCCGCCCGCAGCUUCCACGGGAUCCUGCUCGAGACGUCGACCAAGCUGGCAGAGGUGGCAGAGCACCUCCUGAAAGCCAACAAGCUCAAUUUUCCGGUUGCUGUCAUUAAAGAAGGCUUGGACAACGCAGAGGCUGUCCGGGACACGAUCUCGAGGAAGCUGCCUAAGGCAGCAUCCGUGUGUGUGGUCACCGAGAGGAUGGCACACGACCUGCUGUCUAACGGCAUCGUGCCUGCCUGUGUCACGGUGCACCAGGCGUUGCGAAACUGCGGGGCGAAAUCCAUCCGGCACCUCCCGAAGACCGUGGAGCUGCUGGCAGCACCCGCGGAGAUUAGAUCAGAGAGGCUCUUGGAGUUCGACCUGCGACCUUUCAACACUCUGCGUCACACAUCCUCCAACGACAAAGCAGACUUUUGGUGGUGGCCGGUACGGAUGGGCAGCCAGCCCAACACGAACUGUGCUCUCUUAGGGCCUGCGAAAACGCUUUGCGGCUUUGAUUUCGACCGUUCGCCCGAGAUCACUCUGGAUGAGGUCCGGAGGCCAAUGAAGCUCCAAGCGGACAAGCGCGGUCGCUGCAAUUGUGUCGCUGUGUGGUGGGUGGCAAAGUUCGGAGACGAAGAGUAUUCAACACGCCCUGAUCUGGAGAACCGGGACGCUCCCCCGCAUGGGCACUCUGAAUGGAAGCAGGCGGUCCACUACCUCGCAGGUGAGACGUCCGUCUUCCAAGGGGAUGUGAUUGACUUGCAGGUCUCUGUGACCCCACGCUUCACCUUCCGCAUGAUGCAAGAAAGCCCAAUGUCGGUGGAGGUGCCCAUGUGGGUGCAGGCUCCGACAAGCACUAAAUUCUCAGCGACGCUGCCCAUCCUGCCCUAUCAUUUUUUGAUGAUGACAGACAUGGAGAGGGCUCAGGUUUACCAGCGGGCGAUUCGCGAUGCAGUGCAGUCCCAGCGGAAAAAGCUCGGCCGCCGACCCCGGGUCUUGGACGCAGGAUCUGGCAUAGGCCUACUCGGCAUGAUGGCGGCGCUGGAGGGUGCAGAAGUUUGGCUUUGUGAAGCUGUGCCCCUGAUGCGCCAGACCUGCCGUGAGGUGGUGGCAGCCAAUGCAGCACUGAUCACCGAAAAGCGCGGUAUGGUGAACUUGCUUCCCCCGAUGAUGUCAACCAGGCUUGUGGUCGGCGAGGACGUAGCGGAGAAGUUCGACAUAGUCGUCUCCGAGGUCAUGGACCUCUGGUGCUUGGGUGAAGGCAUCAUUCCCACGAUGCGCCAUGCGCACAAGAAGCUUCUGGCUGAGACCGGCGUGAUGCUGCCCGGACGAUUGCAGAUCUUCGUGCAACCGUUGGAACUCUCACUGUGGGGCCAGGUCGAGAAGGAGAACGGCGGAAUUGACCUGCAGGCGAUCGGCCAGCACUUCAAGAGCAAGUUUUCGGCCGUGAGGAUAGACCAGUUUCCUCGGCGGUACCUGACCGAUGAGCCCAUCGUUGCAAUGGAGGUGAACCUUUCCUGUGUGCCACCGCAGCCCGCCGAGGGUGAGCCCAACGUGGAGAACGACGUGAAGCUCUGCAUCAGAAUGGGUGGCAAGGCUGCCUUGCGGGCGAAGGUCUCGAGCGUCAAGGUGGAUCACAGCGGCAUGCUGUCAGGAUAUGGCAUCUGGUGGUCAGCAGACCUCGGAAACGGUCAUAUGGUGACGAGCAACCCAAGCAGCCCUCAGAGGAGCUGGAAGCAACUGAUCCGCUGGCUCGAUGCCCCUCGCUUCGUGUCCGCUGGGGAGGACAUCCAGGUCUUGACCUGCUACAACGACCACCAGGUUAACGUCGAGGAUAUCUACCUCCCUCGCGAAAUGGUGGACAAGUACCAGGAGGAGCUGCUGGCAGCCCAGGGCCAGGCUGCCGGAGGCGAGCAGCAGAAGCACUCGAGUGCGGAGACAGAGGAGCUGAUAGAGGUCGACUGA